AUGACCGAGCAGAAGCAGCAGCAGCAGCAGCAGCAGCAGCAGCAGCAGCAGCAGCAGCAGCAGCAGCAGCAGGCCAGCAGGAAUAGCAAGCAGGGCAAGGGUCUCGCGAAUUCCAGGACGGAGUUCCUGGACUGGUUCAAGGCCAAGAACAUGGUGGCCUACAGCGUCAGCGCGGGCCAGAGCCUGCUCUACAACAGCAUCUUCCCCAAGCACAAGGACCGGCUCGGCAAGAAGGUGCGGCCCCCGGCUUGA